AAGUACGCCCUAUUUAACUUACAUCUGUGAUGAUCAUGAAGAAUUUUAUAGACGUACUUAGUAUCGCUUUGCAACAAACUAAUCAAUAUUUGCUCCUUGGUAUAAAUUAGAUAUAUCGAUUUAUUUUAAACCCGCCAAAAUCUAUAUUUUCGCGCGCUUGUAAUGGUCUGGUUUGUUUCUUGUUAUUUUUGUAAUAAUUUUUGUUUUUGUUUUUAACAUUUGUGUGUCUAAUUUUAUUCGAAUAUUAAUUUGAAAUGUCUGAAGAUAGUGAAAACCAUAGAGCCCGUCCGAAAAGAAGUUUAUCUGGAAAACAGAAAAAACUUGAACUACUUGAAAAACUUAAAAGUGGUAAGAAAAAUAAAUAUGAUAUUGGAGAACUUGAAAAUGUUUAUGAAGAAGUUGAUGAGAAAGAAUAUACACGCAAAGUUCUAGAAAGACAAGAUGAUGAUUGGAUUGUUGAUGAUGGUGGUUGUGGAUAUGUGGAAGAUGGAAGAGAAAUAUUUGAUGAUGAUUUGGAUGAAGAAUCAAUUAAAAAGUCGCAAAAUAUUGUUACUGGCAGAAAAAGAGGUAGAGAUAUUGCUCCUGAAAAAAAAGGGAACAUUCGAAAUAUGCUUGCAAAAAUGCCUUCUAAGAAGAAGAAAAAAGAGACAUCUGUUAAAUUGGAAGAAGAUGAUAUUCUUGGAGAUAUUAUUGGUGAAAUAGAUUCAACAUCAGUCGCACCAUUGAAAAAUAGCAACAAAAAGCCUCAAAUAUCUGAAAAGGACUAUUUGAAAUCUUUAACCAAUUUUAAAACAACUAAUACGAAACCAUCACCUGUAAAGCAUGCAAAAAUAAGUUCUGAAGUUAAGAAGACACUUCCUUUGGUUAAAGAUACCCCACCAGAAACGUUGGCAGAUAUUCCAGUUGAUACUUCUCCCAUUAAGAUAAAAGAGGAACCAAUAGAUGUCGAUGAAAUUCAAGAUUACAGUUGUGAUAUGUUCAGUGAUGACUUCGAUCAUGAAGUUAUUGAAAUAUCUGAUUCUAAAGAAGAGGUAUGCUCUAGAGAUAUUAAAUUAGAAUCUGCUUCCCCAGUAAAAGAUGUGUCACCAGUUAUUAAAAUGGAAGUUGUAAAAGAUGAAAUCAGUGAAGAUUGGGACAAGCAAAUCGAAUUUGAUUCUCCAGCAACUUACAUCAAUGUUGAUAAAUCUAAAUUACCACUAGUGAAAAAUGAUAGUGGUCUAGAGGUUUUAAGAUUCUACUAUUGGGAUGCCGCAGAGGAAAUGUACUCACAACCAGGGACUGUAUUUUUUUUUGGAAAGAUUUUGAUUGAAUCAGCUAAUACUUAUGUAAGCUGUUGUGUCUCUGUAAAAAAUAUUGAAAGGCGUAUAUUUCUCCUACCAAGAGAAAGGAAAAUGAAUCUCAAGACAAAUGAAACAUAUGGUGAUCCUGUGACAAUGACUGAUGUUUAUCAGGAAUUCAGCUCAAUUGUAGCUGAAAAGUAUAAAAUAAAGCAGUUCAAAUCAAGAAAAAUUUCCAAGAAAUAUGCUUUUGGUGAUAACAGUGUUCCUGCAGAGUCUGAGUAUCUGGAAAUAAGAUAUCCGAGUACUUCUCCAGCACUGCCCAGUGAUCUCAAAGGCGAAACCUUUUCUCACGUAUUUGGAACCAAGACAUCAUUUUUAGAAAUUCUUCUGUUGGAAAGAGGAAUCAAAGGUCCUAGUUGGAUUGAGAUCACAAAUGCUGAACCUGUUCUAGCUCCAUUUACUUGGUGCAAAGUAGAGGCAUCCUGUAUGAAAGCCAGCGAUGUUCAUGUGUUGAAACCUGGUUUGCCGCACAUUCCUCCAUUAGUUUUGGUUACUCUUCAUCCACAAGCUGUCCAUAAUCCAAAAACAAAACAAACAGAAAUUGUUGCUGUAGGCUGCUUAGUCAGUAACUCAUACCCUGUUGACAAACCUCCUCCUGAAAAACUUUUUAAUCAACAUUUCUGUGUUUUUUCAAAGCCAUCUGAUCUUACGUGGCCAUAUGAUAUAAAAGAACAUCUAUCCAAUUUUAAGAAAACAUCUCUAGAACGAAUGGAAUCAGAACGUGCACUUCUGAAUCUUCUUCUGACAAAAUUAUAUCGAAUAGAUCCCGACAUUAUUGUAGGCCAUGAUCUCUCAGGAUACGGAAUAGAAUUGCUAGUGAAAAGGUUGGCAUUUCACAAAGUUCCCAACUGGUCACGACUAGGUCGUCUGAAAAGAUCAGUUAUACCAACGACUAAGGCUAGAAACCAAAUUGAAAAAAUUGCUCUUACUGGUCGCUUAAUGUGUGAUAUCAAAGUAACCGGUAAAGAACUCCUUAGAGCUCGUAGUUUUGAUUUGGAUUCUCUCUGCCAGCUGGUUUUACAUUUUCAAGAAAACAAAAGACAAGAUUUUACUGAUGAGGAGUUUAAAAGUUGCUUUUAUUCUGGAGAGAAUUUAGUGAAGGCUUUGUGGUCAAUAAUGACAGAUGCUUCUUAUAUAUUGAGAAUAUUUACUGAACUUAAUGCCCUUCCCUUGGCUCUACAAAUUACUAAUAUUGCAGGUAAUGUCAUGUCUAGAACAUUGAUGGGUGGUCGCUCUGAGAGAAAUGAGUUUUUGUUACUUCAUGCUUUUCAUAGCAAAGGAUAUAUUGUUCCAGAUAAAGAAUACAAAAAGACUGCCAAGGAUGACGAUAUAGAUGGCAAUGCAGAAGUUACUACUGGUUCAAGGAAAAAACCAUCUUAUGCUGGGGGUCUUGUUCUUGAUCCAAAAGUUGGGUUUUAUGAUGAUUUGAUUCUUCUUAUGGAUUUUAAUUCAUUGUAUCCUAGUAUAAUUCAGGAAUACAAUAUCUGUUUCACAACCAUUCUUCCAUCAUCUAUUGAUAUGGAUGCUGAUUUUAAUGAAAAUUAUCAAAAAUAUUUUCCUGAGGAAACUGUGGAACCAGGAAUAUUACCCACUGAAAUCCGUAAGUUAGUUGAAAGUCGUAGGGAUGUAAAGAAGCUACUGAAAUCAGCUGUUUCUCCUGAGCAGAAAAUGCAGUAUGAUAUUCGACAAAUGGCUUUGAAAUUGACUGCUAACAGUAUGUAUGGUUGCUUAGGAUUUUCACAUUCAAGAUUUUGUGCAAAAGGCCUUGCUGCUCUUGUUACAGCUAAAGGUAGAGAAAUACUUUUAACUACCAAAAGAAUGGUGGAAUCUUUUGGCUACGAAGUUAUUUAUGGAGAUACUGAUUCAAUAAUGAUUAAUACUAGAACUAAAGACUAUGAGCAAGUGCAUCAAGUUGGUAAGAAGUUGAAAUUUGAAGUAAACAAAUGUUACAAACAAGUUGAGUUAGACAUUGACGGAGUUUUCAAAUAUAUGCUUCUGUUAAAAAAAAAGAAAUAUGCUGCUGUAACAAUUAGUAAGCUUCCAAAUGGUGAAUUUGUUGAAAAGCAAGAAAUGAAAGGUUUGGAUAUUGUGAGAAGAGAUUGGUCUCAGCUAGCAGCUGCAGCUGGAAGGCAUAUUUUAAAUGAAUUAUUAUCAAACAAAUCAAGUGAUGAUAGAAUUGAUGGAAUUCACAACUAUUUGGAAAAAAUUCGUUCUGAUUUAGAGACCAAUAAGGUGCCGGUUACCUUGUUAACAGUUACUAAGCAGUUAACUAAACCACCAGAAGAAUAUACUGAUGCUAAAAAUCUUCCGCACGUCCAAGUUGCCCUCAGGCUUAAUAAAAAUUCUGCUAAACGCCUGAAGCAAGGCGAUACUGUUUCCUAUGUCAUUUGUAAGGAUGGCACAAACAAUUCUGCAGCUCAAAGAGCUUAUCAUGUUGAUGAAUUAAAAAGUCAAGAUAAUCUUUCAGUCGAUGUGCUGUAUUACCUCGAGCAACAGAUCCAUCCUGUGAUUUCACGCCUCUGUGACCCUAUUGAUGGAAUUGAUGCAGCCAGUGUGGCCAGAUGUCUAGGUCUUGAUCCAACAAAAUAUGCACGUGUGACUACUAUUGCUGAAGAGUCUGAUGAAAUUACUAAAUAUACGUUAGGAAGAGCCAAUGAAGAAAGAUUCAAGGAUUGUGAAAGGUUUGUUUUCACUUGCAAAAAUCCUACCUGUAAAAUAGAUAACACUGUUGAAGGAUUACGACAUAAAUUGGAAAACGGUGCUGAAGGUUCACUCAUGUUAGAAAAAUGUACGAAUCCAGAAUGCAAAGUUUUCCCUGUGGAAUACUUACCAAGUAUACAAAAUCAGCUUCAUUUCAGGAUUCGUUACCACAUUCAGAAGUAUUAUGAGGGCUGGUUGAUAUGUGAAGAUCCAGUUUGUCAAAAUAGGAAAAGAAUAAUCAAUCCCAUUUUUUCUAAAGGUUUCCCAGAGUGUAACAAAUGUUACCGAAGCACGAUGAGGAGGGAGGUAUCUAACUUGAGUCUGUACACGCAAUUGACAUAUUUUCAGUAUUUAUUUGACCUAAGCAGGGAUGUUAUUAACUCUGUUAAAAUAGAACCUGAGAUAAUUGAUGCAUACAAAAGGUUGUACGAUCAAGUAGGAGAAGUUUUGAAACAGAACAAAUACUCAGUUAUUGAUCUCGGAAGCCUGUUUUCUCAACUCUUUCCUUUCAAAAAAUAACAAGGACAUCAUGAAUGUAAUAUUAAUAACAUUUUUUUUGAAGUCCCACAUGGUCUUGUAAUAAUGAUGAAAUUGCUAUGAAAUAUUUUAUGGAAAGGAACAAAUCAUGUAAUUGGCGGUUUCCGAAUUUUGUAUAUAUUGUAAUUUUAUAUGAAAUAACUGUAAAAAAGAGCAGCGUUAUUUCUUUGUAAUAUUUUCUAUUGUAAAUAUAAAAUGUACAUACAGAUUAAAUUACAAGAUUUUUAUAAAUCGAUAUUUUAUAAUACACUAUUCUUACCUAUACCAAUUGAGUAGCAUUAUGCAGAAACCUAUCAACUCACAAAAUGACAAAGAUUAUACAUUGUACCAAAAGUGGUC